AUGGAUUUGCACGCGGAGGCUGAAGAUUGCGUCUUCGUCGGGGGCAUAGAAGAGCUAGUGGUUACCAAGUACGUCAGCUACGUUAGUUUCCGCAGGCCACUGCUGUCCAUCGUCGGAGAAUUGCAGCGGCUAGACGCCGGUCCUGUUUACUGCAAAGGAUGUCGUUCGAAAAGUACGUCGUUGGCUUUUCUAAAGAAUUGGACUUCAGGCCAAUGCAAUUUGUGGAUCUCCAUUCCAACAGGAUGCUGUCACUCUUUGUGUGAGCUCUGCUACCAGAGUCUUCUCGGUGGUGGCCGACGUUGUCCCCUGGAUCAAGAAGAGCUGGAAGAAGAACAAGUUGCGAGGUUGCCAUUCAACCUAAAGCAGCUUGAACGACAACAUGUGCGUUGCCCUAACUCAAAAUAUGGAUGCGUCGUCAUUGGAACUGUGCGAGAGGUACAGUCUCACUUCUUGCAAGAGUGCAUACAUUAUGCUGCAACAUGCGACACGUGCAAGGCGAACGUUCUUCGUCGAGACAUUGCUAGUCAUUACGCAACGGAGUGUCAGCGAGACAGCCCUUUCGUUAGCCUACCAAAGUUGCCAUUUCGUGGAAAUUUGUUCGACGUGGCGAAGAAGACGUUCGACUUAGUAGAAAGUAUUCAAGAGAAAUUGUCAAAUUUUGAAAGUCAAUUGAACAGUUGCACUGGAGAAAUUCAAGAGAGUGUCCAAGAGAUGACGGUCAGUAACGAACAACUGCUGAACAGAGUGCUCGAGGACGUGGGACGUGUUGCUGCUGGCAUCGGCAAUACGGAGAGCAAGGUGACGCAGCAAGCGCAGGACCAAAACCAGAUUCAGGGGUCACUACGACGUGUUAUUGAAUUACUGUCCACGUUUGAACUGCAAAUAUCAUCGAUAAACGGUGACGACGUCACUACAAGUGUAAAGACGGUGAAUGAAAAUGUCGAGCAAGUGAAUGAGCGGGUGGGAAAUUUGACCGACAUGCUGCAACAAAUAAGUGCUACCCUAAAUGACGUGGAAGGAAUCAAAGGGGAACUGAAUCCUCUGUUGCAGUGUUCCGAGGAAUUGACGAAAUUUAUGAAUGCUGAUGACGAAGCUAGAGAGAAAUCACCACUCGUCAAAGCGAUCCUCGGAACUUCCGAACAGAUUGGGAGCGUAGCGGAACGCGUGUACACGUUGUAUUCCUGCAUGGUAGCGCACAACACGGAAGCUUUCUUCCAUAUUGUGGACUUUGCAAAGGCGUUAGAAAAAGAUGUGAAGAGGUUUUCCGUCGAACGUAAAUCUGACGUGUUUGUUCUUUGCGGAUACUCUGUCAGGUUGCACGUAGACUAUAGUUUAUCCCGCUUUAUUUCGGUGGGAUUCGCGCUUUGCAAGUCUCCGAGUGAUUCCCUUGUGAAGUGGCCCUUUAGAAUCCCCUUCACCUGUCGAUUCGUGCACCCAAGUGAGAGGGACUUUGUAUGCCCUACACUUCACCCGAAUAAGCACGACUCAAAGGGUGGCAGGUAUGAAGGCGCGUUUGGCAGGCCAACAAAUGUCGAAAACCAGGUCGUCUAUAUUGAAGGAUAUACUCCAGUACCCACCCUAAAAGAUCGUGGCUUCAUCCAUACGGAUUCUCUGUGCAUUGGUAUAAGACUUCACCCUGAUAUGGCAUAAUAAAUAUCUUCCAAGAGUGCA